AACCACAUUGUAGGAGCCUCCCGGACCAGUCGCAUCCCCCUUCUCACAUCACAGUUGUAGCGCGAAGGAGAGACGUAGUUAGGUUUUAGCUCUCCUUCACAGCGACUUAGCAGUCAAUCCCUUCGUCACUCGCCAUUCGCCCGCCAUGGGAAAGCCCGAAAACCCGCGGGUUUUUUUCGACAUAUCCAUCAGCGGGAAUAAAGCCCAGCGAGUCGUGAUGGAGCUAUUCGCCGAUGUGGUUCCGCGUACCGCGGAAAACUUUCGAGCUCUCUGCACUGGCGAGAUGGGGGAGGGCAAGUUCACGCACAAGCCGCUCCACUUCAAGGGCACCGUCUUCCACCGCGUCAUCGCUGGCUUCAUGGCGCAGGGGGGCGAUUUCAGCAACAAGGACGGCACUGGAGGGGAGAGCAUCUACGGCGGCAAGUUCGCAGACGAGAACUUCAAGAUGCAGCACGCGGCGGCGGGGACGCUGUCCAUGGCGAACGCGGGGCCCAACACCAACGGCAGCCAGUUCUUCCUCACCUUCAAAGCCACGCCGCACCUCGACGGCAAGCACGUGGUGUUCGGGCGGGUGGUGGAGGGCAUGGACGUGGUGCGGGCCAUCGAGAGCCAGCCCACGGGGGACAGGGACCGGCCCGUCUUCCCCAUCAAAAUCGCCAAGUGCGGCCAGCUGCCCGCUGCUGCUGCUGCGGGGGGCGGUGGUGGGAAGAAGAAGAGUGCGGAGGAGGAGGGGAAGGUGGCGGAGGAGGGUGGGAAGGGCGGGAAGGGCGGGAAAGGGAAGGAGAAGGGGAAGGAGGAGAAGGGGAGGAAGAGGCGGCGUGGGGAUAGUUCCGAGGAGGAGAGUGAGGACGAGGAGGAUAAGGGGAGGAAGAAGAAAGGGAGGGGCGGAAGCAGCAGCAAGAGGAAGGGCAAGAAGGGGAAGAAGGGGAAGCAAGCGAUGAAGAAGAAGCGAGGGAAGGGUGGUGGUGGUGGGAAGCAUGGCAGUAAGAGAAGGCGAAAGGAUGACUCGAGCAGUGAUGACAGCAGCGGAAGUGACUCUGACGAAUCGUCGUCUUCGUCUGACUCCGAUGCUAGCUCGGACUCCCGAACCAGCGCGUCAGGCUCGGAAGGCUCGUCGGAUAGCCGGAGCUCAGGGUCAAGCUCGGAGUCUUACAGCAGCAGCUCUGAUGGCGAGUCCGAUUCGCCAGACUCGGGGGCUGGGAAGGGGGUUAGGAAGGGGAAGGGGAAGGGGAAGGGGAAGGGGAAGGGUGGGGGAAAGGGGUCAGUCAAGGGGAAAGAUGAGAAGAAGGGGAAGGGGAAGGGGAGCGAGGGAGGGGAGAAAGGCAAGGGGAAGGAGAAAGAUGGGGGCGGGCGGAAGGGUAGAGAUGAGCGAGAGGAGGAUGAGGAGGCGGAGGUGAGGGGGAAGGUGAAGAAGGCGGGAAAGGGUGAGGAGAAUGGGGAUGAGAAGGAGGCUAAAGGCAAGGAGCAGGAGACGAAGGGUAAAGGGCACGAGAAGGUCAAGGGGAGUGGCAAGGAGAGGGAUAGGAAGGGCAAGGGAAAGGGAGAGCCGGGUUCAGAGGAGGAGGAGGAGGAGGAGAGUGAGGAGGAGCAGAGGGGGAGGAUGGGGCGAGAGGGGGGGAAGAAGGAGAAGGAGGGCGAGGAGGGGAGGAAGGAGAAGGAGGAAGGGGUGGGGAAGAAGGGAGGGAAGCAGCUUCAGGAGAAGGGGAAAGCGAAAGGGGAGAGGGGAGGGCAGGGAAAGAAGGACCGGGGAGGGGGCAAGGCGAAAGGGAAGAAGAAGAGCAGUUACUCGGACGAGGACGAGGAGUCAGGAAGUGGCACGUCGACCAGUGAGAGCAGCAGCAGCAGCAGUGAGGAUGAGAGGCCCUCCCACAAGGGCAAAGGGAAGAGUGUUGGGGACGCGAAGGGCAAGCAGGGCUCAGGAAAGCGAGCAGCGGUGAAGGAAAGGGGCGAGAAAGGGAAGGGUGGCGACAAGGUUGGAGCAGGGAGGAAUGAGAGCAGCGAUGGGAACAAGAGGCACAAACUCAAGGCACAAGAGGCAGAGCGAGCGGAGGAAGAUGGAAAGGAGAAGGGGAGAAAGAAGCUCAAGGGGAUGGGUGAUGAAGACACGAGGGAGGGCGGAGUGGGUGAUGAGGAUGAGAGAGAGGAAGAGAGUGGGGGUAACUACGGGGUGAAAGGGAGGGCGGGCCGCGAAGACAUAGAGGACGCUGGGGGAUAUGCCGCUGAGAAGAGGGCACAGGGCAGGGUCAAAGGGGAUGCGAGCAGCGAUGAUGCGAUGGUCAAGAGGGCAGUGGACGAGGGUGGAGCGGAGGAGGGAAGGGGCGUGGAGGAGGAGCAGCAGGGUCCGGAGAGGACCAGGGUUGAAAGAGAAGCCAAGAUAGUGGCCGCCAAGGGGGACAGGGGUGCCAAGAUAGUGAGGGAUGGGAAGGAGGGGGUCAGGAGAGGGAUAGCUGAGGAGGAGGAGCAGCAGGGUGUGGAUGGGAAGGAAGAUAGGCGGCUGGAGGUGAAGGGAGACAGGGGUGUGGUAGUGGGAGGAGGUGGAGGGCAGGGAGGGAAGGCGAGGGGGAGAGAUGGUGGGAGCAGAGGGAGGGGCCAGAGGCGAAUCAGUCGCAGCAGAAGCAAGUCACUCUCCCGCUCUCCCGUUCUCUACCGCUCCCCCCCUCGCCCCCGUUCACCCGCUCCCUCUCGUUCCCCCCCUCGCUCUCGCUCUCGCUCGCCUUCGCGCUCCCCGUCGCCCCCUCCUCGCAAGCGGGCUGCAGGGAGUGUGCUGGACAGGCUGGGCAAAGCACCAGCUGCUGCAGCAGCUGCUAUUGUCGCUGCUGCUGCUGCCGCUGCUGCUGCCGACACUGCUGCUGCUAUACCAGCAGCAGCAGGCGCCCCCGCUGAUGACUUGGCUGCCCCUCCCGCAGCAGCAGUGGCAGCACGUGGUGAUGCUGCUGCUGCUGCUGCUGAUGCUGCUGGUGGUGCUGGUCCUGUACGAGUGCGCAAGGGCCGAGGGUUUUCCGACAAGUUUGCGUUUGCCCGCAAGUACCGCACGCCCUCUCCCUCUCCUGAGCCCCUCCCCCCCGCACGAUUCCGAGGCAGGGGCUAUGGUGGGGGCUAUGGCGGGGGAUAUGGCGAUGGCGGCAGGGGACGGCUGUAUGGCCGCAGCAUCCACGCACUGCACCACCAUGUCACCAUACAAACGCUCCCAUGUAUCGAUCCCUCCUACGCUCCCUCCUACGCUCCCUCCUACGCUCCCUCCUACACUCCCUCCUACACUCCCUCCUACACUCCCUCCUAUGCUCCCUCCUACACUCCCUCCUACACUCCCUCCUACACUCCCUCCUACACUCCCUCCUACGCUCCCUCCUACACUCCCUCCUACACUCCCUCCUACACUCCCUCCUACACUCCCUCCUACGCUCCCUCCUACACUCCCUCCUACACUCCCUCCUACACUCCCUCCUACACUCCCUCCUACGCUCCCUCCUACACUCCCUCCUACACUCCCUCCUACACUCCCUCCUACACUCCCUCCUAUACUCCCUCCUACGCUCUCUCCUACGCUCCCUCCUAUGCUCCCUCCCAAGUAAGCCCAUGGCAGUUGUCCCCACCUGUUUACUGGGAGUAUGACGAACCAGGGGCCUGGAGUGGCAGGGGAGGGGGGCGGUACCGCGACCGCAGUGACAGCCCUCCGCCUCGCAGGCGCAGCCCUGAUUGGUCGAGAAGCCCGCCCAGAAGGAGGGGGAGGGGACGGGGGAGGUAUCGCUCUCCCUCCAGUCGCAGCAAUUCCUACAGCAGGAGUCGCAGUCGCAGCCGCAGCUACACGCCCCCGCGCACGCGCACCACCACCACCACCCGCGCGCGCUCCCCCAGCCUCUCUCGCUCUCCCCCCCGCCGCCGCUCUGCCGCCGACAAGCCCAGCCCUCGCGAUGCCAGCCCGCGUGGGCUGGCACCAGAGACUGCUGCUGCUGGUGGUAGUGGUCUGACCACUGGGAGGCGGGCACGUGGUGCCGCAGGAGUGGAUGGGGAGCUGGGAGGUGGUGGUGGUAUGGGAGGUGAGGGGUCAAAGCGGAAUGGUGCUGGCCUGGCGGCAGGAGGAAGAGGAGGAGCAACAGCAGCAAGAGCUGAUGCAGUGGGAGCAGCAGCUUCCCAGUCCCCUGUGGGGAUGGGGUCUCCUAGGGAGGCCAGUGGAGGCGGGUUUGGCGCUGGCAACCCUGCUGCUGCAGGUGCUGAUGGUGGUGGUGGUGCGGAUGGUGGUUCGGAUGGUGGUGCGGAUGGUGGUGCGGAUGGUGAUGCUGAUGGCGAGUUUCGUUCAGUGCGGCUGGGUGGCAGGGAGGGGAGGCUGAGGAGGCAGAGGGAAGAUGACGAUGAUGAGGAGAGCGAUUGAUUGUGUUGUGGGUUUGCUUCAGUGGAUGACGAUGACAGGAGAUCCCCUAACCAGUGACCGGGGGCCGCUCUAGAGCCGCAUCACUGCUGCAAAGCUGACUAAUUGUACCGGUAUGCAUUGCAUUGCAUACAAUUAAAUGGAUUGGGGUGGAUUGGAUGCAUUCCUCUGGACCAAUGCCUUCUGUGGUUUAUUUAGCACGUGGCUAUGGUUGCGUGCUUGAUUUGCUUAUGCCUUAGCUUGCUCAUGAGGUGGCUUCACAGCUUCUCCCCUUGUGCCCUGGCUGCCAUGUGCGGCCGCUGGGGUGGGGUGUAGCGGUAAAGGACAUGUGAUGUGGCAUUGCUGUUGUUGGGCUGAUAAAAGCCCUUAGGAUCUUUCCAGAGACUAAGUCCCAGUUGAAGAAUGAGACUUGAGUAGUGCAGCGGAAGUUGAGUAGUUGAACCCUUGUACUAG